AUGGAUCUCUCCUGGUCUCAACCUCGCAUGACUCCGCCUCACCUGCAAGCCCCCCAGCUCCAGCUCGAGAGAGAAUAUGAGAUAGAUCCCGCUCAGUUCCAGGUGCUCCAGCCGGACAUCAUAGGCCAGCGCUUCGACAUUCAUAUUGAUACCGCCGGACGGCAGGCUAUCCCGCGAUUAUCCUCUUACGAUGCAGGCUUCCCGACGUAUGUUCAUUCCACGCAGACUAUGGGAGGAGGCCAGCUGGGAUUCUCCAGAACUCCCCAACAUAUUGCGUCGCAGAGCGCGCAUAUGCCGAUUAAUGGUGGCGUCACAUAUCCAGUAGCGAACGGCUCGAGCCAGCUGCAGAGAAGCCCACAGGAACCGUUCACGACGCCAUCCCACUUUUACCACAGCAGGAACUCGUCGCUGCAACCCUCGUCCUCAUCGUCGCCCCAACAGUUCCUCGGCGAAAGUGUGCAGAAUCAGGCGUUUCAGUUUGGCGCGCAUUCGCAUUCACAUCCGCAGGCGCAGGCCGGCAGCGGCAGCCAGCACCCCAGUCCGCGCGUCUCGCCCACCAUCGGCGGCUUCCAGCAGCAGAUCAACGCGCCUCAGCAGCUGUACACGCCAUUGACCUCCCCAGGCGUCCCGAUCACGUCUCUGCAGGGUUCUCCUGCAGCCUCCGCGUACCCGGAUCACGCAUAUAGUCAAAUUUUGGGACAUGGCGCGUUCAAGAGGUUGCGCCCAGAUGACGAUGACGGCCACGACGGUGAGGGUUUCGACCUAGAGGGUGACGGAUUGUGCGACGAUGGACAGCCAGAUGGGCGAGGCGACGAGCAGGUCGACAGGCCAAAGCCAGGCGGUGCCUGCGGGAGGUGCAAAGGGCUGAAGGUCAAGUGCGAGUUCAUCGGUGAUGUGGAUCGAUGCCAGCGCUGUGCGAAAGGCGGGUACAAUUGUGUAAUCCCGAACAGGAAGAAACGCAGGCCACCACCGAAGCGCGAGCACCUCCUCAACCAGAUCCGCGAUCAGACGGCUCAGAUCGCAGAGCUGAUGCGCCAGCUCGAGGACGCGAACCGCCGCGCAAACAAGGGUAUGUCUGGUGGGACGACACCCCUCUCAAGUUCGCGCAAUCGUGGCGACUCGACGACUCUCAUGCCGAGCGACAUCGGCGAGACCGCGCCGCCGCCGACGUUAAGCAUGGACGUCGAUGUGGAGGACUGGAUCGCGAAGGCGCGGCAGAGCAUCGACGCAUUUGGCGGAUACAUCAAGAUGGGCGGGCCAAGUGUGACGACGGAUAUGCUUGGCGACGAGGGGAAUGAGGGUGACGAGGAAAGUGAUGCGGACUAUCAACUGAAUAUCGAGGAAGUUGAUGACGACGAAGGCGACGAGUCGUGCGAGGCGGAUGGGGGCGAUGGGGACAGUCUCUUUGGUGAGGAAGACUCAGCUGGAGCGGGGCGGGAGCGCGUUUCUGGCAUGUUCUCGCGCGAAUCGACGGAAGGCGCGUCCGCUUUGAACGGGACCCGUGUUGGGGGCAGCGUCAUGCAGAAGCUGGCCACGCUCCCGAGCGAGGCUGCUGCGUUUGGCUUGAUGGCAAACUUGUCGCUGACCAAGUCCAAGCGGUGGAGGGCGGGCCGGACCAGAAGCGAAAACAGCGAGGAGGAUGUGGAUGUGGGAUUGGCGAACGAUGACUACUUCAGGCCAAGUCCUGCUCCAGAGCGUCCGAUCGUGGAUGAGCUGCGGCAGCCGGCCAUUCUCAAGAAUGGUAUUAUCAAGCCUGCUGAGGCUGAGCAGCUCUUCAAGAUCUAUUAUGAUUACAUGAAUUUAUCUUUAUCAUUGCUGGAUCCAGUCCUAUAUACUGCGCAGAAGACGUAUUGGCGUUCGCCGCUCUUGUUCACAGUUAUUUGUGCCAUUGCAUCGAGACACUAUGCUCCAAGGCCUGAGCUGUAUCAACAAGCCAUGAAAUAUGCUCGGCUUGCUGCCGGCACGGCACUGAUCGGUGGCCAGAAGACCAUCGAGGUUGUCCAAGCAUACAUCUUGCUCAGCUUGUACCCUGUGCCCGCCCGUAGAUGGGAAGAGGAUAGAAGCUUUAUCUAUCUAGGCUUGGCUAUUCGGGUUGCGACAGAUCUCAAGUUGCACUACGCAAUUAACACGCCCAAGGCCGAAAACGAGAUGCAUGCACGCGAGAUGCUGAAUCGCACCCGUGUUUGGCUCAACUGCUUCAACCUUGAUAGGUCCACCGGCUCGCAGUACGGACAACGUCCCAUUAUCAAUAACGCGGAUUACGUGGCGAACCACACUGAGGAUUGGUGGAAGUGUUCACCGUACAACCUGCCUGGGUUCGAUGUGCAUACAUGCUGCUACAACGCGGAGUUGAAGAUCCUGGGUGCGUUCCGGGCGCGGAUCUACAGCAACCCCAACCAUCCAACAGGCUUGAAUAAGGAGGUUGACCUAGCAAAAGAAGCAAUCAACACGGACGACCGGCUCGCUCACCUCUGGGAGACAUGGAGACCCCGUGUAUAUGCGACAAAUGCGGAUGAUCCUCAGGCGCCUUUCCGGACAGGCUUGCUGAAGUUGGCAUUCAGCUAUGCGAGGCUCUCUGUGCUGUCCGUUGGGUUUCAACAUAGCUUUGGUAAGGCGGCUCCCACUGACGAGGUGCCCUUCUUGUGGCGGUGCCUACGCGCGGCAGAGGAUACCGUGAAGGCUGUCGUUGACGAGAUUGCCAUCCCCGAGCAUAAGAUCUAUCUGCGUCAUGGACCUGAGGCUCAAAGCGUAUUCGUGACAUUCGCAUCCGCGUUUUUGGUCAAGCUAUUGCAACCGAAAUACACAAAUUAUCUCUCGCGUGACAAACGGAUUGAGAUUCGCAAUCUCGUUCAACGGGUCAUCGACCUGCUGGGCUCGCCCAAGGUAGCCAUCGACGAUCGGCAUGGACCCAAGUUGUAUGCGCGCUUCCUGCAUGGCCUGCUCUCUACGCCUAUAGCUAGGAUUGAUCAUUCUCCGGCAUCGUUGAGGCGUGACGGUGUUUCCCGACGAUCAACAAAGCAUUCAUCAGCUUCAUCUGGCACUUCAUCCGCCAGGCAAUCGCUGUCCCCGCCACCUCCCGUAUCGAACACCAGCAGUCCCAAAGCAUUCACUCCGCAUACUCCACCUCCUACCGUCACCCACGCACCGUUCGAUCACCUCAACCAUUCCCCACCAGCGACGGUAUCUGGCUCUCCUCAGCUCCAGAUGCAGUCCAACCUGGAAGCACCGGGCUUCUUCUCUCCACCGCUAUUCUAUGAUGCGGAAUUGAUUCAAUCUAUGCAGUCAAUCUCUGACUGGCCGGACAUGGUAUUGCCUGGCUUCAACUGGAUGGGUUCUCUUCCAAGCAAUAGUUCCAACAAUAUGACUUACGACCUACCUGUUGCUGGAUUCACCGGUUCCGCAUAA